AUGCCCUCUAAAAUCCAGCAAGUCUCGCAAAAGGUCGAAGAACAAGCAAUAUACAUCCUUCAACAGCUUUCAUUGGAAUUAAUUUCCGUCCAGCUGGUCGGGCGCCUAUCAAAGGUCAACCCAGAGUCCGAGCCAACAUUCACGAUCCUUACGAUAAUGCCAGACCAGCCAAAUCCAGACAUCUGGUAUCGCGCUGUGCGACAAAUCCAUUCGGUGCUUCUGAGGGACACUCCAGAUAUCUCGGUUGAGCUUAUUGAACAAAAACUCUGCACUGGGAUUUACUGUUACCCCGUGAACAGGACACAUCCAAUUUUUCCCAAGUGGCCAUCGAUUGCACAGUGCAUUGUCUCUCAUUGUGAUACCCGCGAGUGGACCGCAUUGGAGUGUUGGAGAUACGGCACAGAUCCAACGAGAGAGAAGAACCCCGUCACCGUCGUCGUUCAAGUUCUUGAAACAAGCACGUACUCCUUUAUCGCAGUAGCCCGGUAUAUAAAUAUAAUCCUCGGACUUUUUGAUCAGAUAGAUGUGGAUGUCCUGUUCCGGAGAAAUACAAGCAGGCCGUUCAUGGGAAACCCCCCUGUGCCUGUAGAAGCUUGUGCGGGGACGAUUCUCCCUGGUGUCAGCCUAGGUAUGCAUGAAUGUUCUGUAGGAAGUUCAACCCUUGGUGGUCUUGUCCAAGUUCAGCUUGACCAUCAGUGGCGUACCUACGCCCUCACAUGCUUCCAUGCUGUCUGGCCUUCAGAAAACCACCGUGACAUCAAACGGCUAAAUGAGAUUCCAGAUGCUCUCAAAGCAAUCGAGCACUGGGGGUUUCAUCCGCUAGAUCCUCGAGACCCCACAUCAUUCCCCCAUCUUUCUAGCCAUAUCCUACGCGUUGAUCACCCUUCCCUGCAAGACUUGAACAGUACCAUUGACCGAAGACGUUCUAUCGUCACAGGAAUGAGGACACAACAGUUUCUGAAUUAUGAGAACGAGAUCAACAAGGGUGAAGAUGGAUGGCUAUCGGAAUCAGCGAAGGCCAAAUACGAGGCAAUACUCCGACGCAUCAAGGCAACCGAGGAUGCGUGUAGCCCAUUUAUCACAAUGCGUGAUAGCGGCAACCAUGUCCUAGGUUAUGUGUAUGCCGGAAGUGGCAUGAACCGAAUACGGAAUAUGGAGAGGUUGAACAAGCAAAGCGAAAAAGAAACGCGUCUGGUUUCUAUUGAUUGGGCACUCGUUGAAAUCAACCCUGCACGCCUACAACCACAGCAGCAUGGCGAUUGCAUCUCCGGUAAUAGGCCUUUCCCUUAUGGAAACAACGUUCAGUUUUCUGGAGCAUUCGGCCAACCAAUCACUGAACCCUUCUUCGGUCUCGAGCUCCAAAAGUCUGGUCGCUCUAGCCAGAUAACAACUGGGACCUAUAGUGAGCUAGAAUGCGUUACGUUCACGCAGACCAAAGGUGACGACGGGCAGACUAUAGUUGUUCCCACAUGGGAACAUAAGAUUGCUAGCAAUGGAGACGGUGAUUUUGCAGAGCAGGGUGAUUCAGGGUCGUGGGUGUACACCAUUUCUGGUGAACUUGUCGGGAUUCUGAAAGGUGGUGACGAAGCUCAUGGAACUGGGACAAUGAUGCUGAUGCCUGAUAUCUUCGACGAUAUUCGGAGUGUUACAGGUGCUACUAACGUGCGUGUUGCUCCAGAGCCGGUUGGUUGA